GUGUUGAUCAUGAUGAAAGUUCUUCUACUCUUUGCACUGGUGGCUGUAGUCUACGGCCAGGGAAGGAAAGUCCCGGUGGACGCCCAACGAGAAGGGAGUCAGUACCACUUCGCCUGGAAAUACGACGGUAAUAGAGUGUAUGGCUGGAACGGCGCCAACGGGUACUGCUCGGGUCUCGGUGGUGGGUGGAAGGGCGUGAGCAUCGAGUCUAACGGGGAGAGUACUUUCAUCAACGGCAUCAUUAGCGAUGAGAGACUGCCCUGGAUCUGGACCUCAGGCCGUCGCAAGGGACGCGACUUCGCUUGGGCUUCGGGAAAACCUUUCUCCGGUCUGAACUGGUCUCACACAGGACUUAUUGGCAAGAGGCAACCUGACAACCGCGAAGCAGGAGGCGAGAACUGCCUGGCUAUCCUCAACAAUUUCUACAAGGAUGGCGUCAAAUGGCACGAUGUUGGAUGCAGUCACGAGAAAUCCAUUAUCUGUGAGAAGUCAAACUGAACACUAGGGAAGUGAACGAGUGAACGAGUGAACGAUGGUCUUCCCAAUGAAAAUGUGAGCGUAUGUAUCACUGUCAUGGGUUUUGGAUGAUCAUCGUGACUUUCGGUGAAGAGGCGCGUCAUCGGAAAUUGUCUAUAUUUAUUUCUUAUUUAUGUAAAAUCUGGAAAUAAAUUCAAAUUUGCUUUAA